ACGCGAUUCACCAAGGUUUACCACAUGGGCGCACCAGUCGAAUUGUUUUUAACACUAUUUUCUCGAGAAACGUGAAAACUCAAUCUCGAUUAUUUGGUCCUCUGAUUGUUUGGAAGAAUAAUCGGAGAAAGUACGCGAUUCGGAUGAACGCGCCGAUAGACCUUACGAGACGCGAGAAUUGCACAUACGGUAUUUAGCUUUGUGUCGAAUUCAUGUUAGUCAAUAAAAAAUACAAGAUUCGUAUAACCCUGGAGGGUUAAAGAGCUUCGAUACUAUUUAUUUGUAACAAUCGGAGAUACGCAAAUGUUUUCUUUGAAAUUGAAAUACGGUUUAACGAUUACGGAAUAACAUUUUAAUCAUUUAUUCGAAAUAAUGUUAGGAAUUAAAUGAAUUUAUGCGCGACGAAAACAUGGAAAUCACGCUGGAUGAUAAAUUAAAUAUACUGCAACAAAUAAGUCAACGAAAACUUGUUGAAAUAUUGGACGCAAUUCCUGGAACAAAAGACUUGGUGAUAGAACAAAAACUUAUGAAAAUUUUGGAUAGCUUUGUAGGAGUUUCUGUACUAAAACGUUAUGGAAUUGACAAAAUUUAUAAAAUGGAGCAAAGUUUAAAGUUUUCAAACUCUCAACGUAUAUUCCUAGUCUCAAGUGAUUUGAUCUCUUGUAAGAGGGUAUUAGAUCAAAUACAGUCAGAGAUUUCUGCAAAUAUCAGACCGCAUGUACAAGUGUGCCAUCAUAUUUUGGUAACUCCAUUUGUACCAACAGUUUUGAACUCUAUUAUUGAAGAGGAGGGCUUAUCUGGAUUAGUCACUGUACAAACAUUAUCAUGGGAAUUCAUAAGAUUAGAUGGCAAUGUCUUAUCUUUAGAAAGUCCUAUGUUUACCGAUCUUUAUUAUCACAAAGAUACUACUUUACUGCCAGCAUUAGCACGCAACUUAUGGUCACUACAACUUAUACUUGGCUCACCCAAACUUUUGCUUUCAUUUGGUAAACAUAGUCAAAAAACAUUCAAAAUUAUGGAAUCUAUAAGGAAGUGUUUAGGCACAUCGAAUACAGAAAAUGAAAUAGGAGCUCUAAUUUUGAUGGAUAGGGAUUAUGAUCUAGCUACACCACUCCUAACUCCUGUAACUUAUGCUGGAUUGUUGCACGAGGUUGUAGAGAUAAAUGUUGGUACAGGUACAUUGGGCAAAUCUCAAACUAAAUUAGAUCCAAAUAAAGAUCAGAUUUAUGGAGAAGUAAGAGACACACCGUGCAGUGAUGUUUUUCCCAUUUUACAUGGGAAAGCUAAGUCUCUAAAAUCUGAACAGGAUGCUAUACAAACAAUGAAGUUGUCCGAAAUGGAGCGAUACGUAGCAACGAGAUUGCAAAAAACGAGGGAUAUGACGCGUCAACUGGCUUUUCAUAUUUCUGCUUGUCAACUUAUUGCUGAUAUGCUAGGUUCCGACUUUCAAACAUUACAAAAAAUAGAGAAGUCUAUACUUGAAUGUAAAGAUAGAAAAGAAUGCUUAACUCAUAUUGAAAGACACAUAGAUGAUCAUCCAUUGAGAGCUUUACGUUUGUUAUGUUUAUUGUCCAUCGCGAGUGACGGCAUCACUCAAAACGAGCUAUACUCUAUCCAGAAACUUCAUCUUCACGCGCACGGUUAUAAACAUAUACCAUUAAUUUAUAAACUGCAAAGCAUAGGUCUACUAAAGAGCAGAACGGAAAAUAUUUUGCACAAAUUACCAAAUUGGAAUAGCGAAUGGAACAAUAAUGCACAAAAAUUAAAACUUUUGCCAAGUUAUGCCAAACAAAUAGACCAGAAAAGACGAACAUGUCCCAGUUAUGUGUUCAACAAUGCUUACAUUCCUGUGAUUGCUCAAGUAUUAAAUGUUGUUAUGAGUCAAGAAAGGGACUCUAAGAAUCUCGAAGAACUGGCAAAUUUAUCAAACUGCGUUGUAAGUGGUCGACGUGGUUCGUUACAGCCGAAAAUGGUGGUGAUAUGUAUUAUAGGCGGUAUCACUUAUGCCGAAAUAGCUGCUUGUAGAUUAAUAGAAAAAUCAACUGGAAUUCAACUUGUUCUUGCAUCUGAUUGCAUAAUAACAGGCAAUAAAAUACUCGAAAGUGUGCAAGAAAUAUAAUACUUCGUGACUAAUAUGAGAAUAUAAAAUCUGUAAUA